AUGAUUGACGCUGUCGAGAACAUGGAGGAUGGGAAAGAUGACAACAUGUCAAUAGCUACUAUCCAUCAAGAUAUUUCAAGUGUAAUUAAGUCCCUGUCUCAAAAGGUUGACCAAGAUGGUCAGUUUUUUAUUGUUUCUAGAAGAGGGUCCCCAUUUCCUAGAGUUUUGUCCCUGUGGCAAAGAGAAGCCAACAGAUCGUCUCCUGAAAAAGUGCUAAGAGUGCGCUAUAGUGGAGAGAAUGGUGUAGACAGCGGUGCAUUAUCGCAAGAAUUUCUGGCACAGUUGAUUAAUGAUAUGGGGCUGGCAGUGUUUCCAGAUGGAGCCCCCAUAAAUUCACUGUACAAUGUUCAUAACAAAAGUUUCAAAACCUGUGGGGAAAUCAUUGCAGUGUCUUUGGCUCAAGGAGGACCAGCGCCAUCUUUCUUUGAUGAGAGUGUGUACCAGUUGAUGUUGGACCCUGAUGUGAACAUUGGCAACCUAGAUGUUGACAGGCAUUUCACUGCAAAGGACAAAGAGCUAUUCGACGCAGUAAGAGCUUGUGACACAUUUGAAGGUGCUUUGUGUGAUGUAAUUGUUGACCAUGGAUACACUGGCAUCAUUGAUCAUGACCACAAAGAGGAUGUCAUUGGAACAAUGCAACUAAGCAUUAUGACCAAGCGUUUGCUGUACAUGAAAGAAUUUUGUGAAGGUCUGAAGCUGUAUGGUGCAUAUGAUGUCAUUAGGGGCAAUGCUUCUUUAUGCAAGCCUCUUUUUGUGAAAGGUUCAAAUCAGGUGGUAGAUGCCAAUUAUGUCUUUUCGCUUGUCAAUCCAAGCUACUCGGAACAGGGCUCGUCAAAACGACCACUUGAAGAGGCAGUCAUUGACAACCUACAAGAUUUUCUGAUGUCAUUGGAAGAUGAACAAAUAACUGGCUAUUCCGAGCCAGUAGCAUGGAAGGACUUCAAUGACACGAACACUGAAAGUAGCGAAGUGGAGCGAUUUCAGUCCAUGGACACCACACCAUCUGGUGUAUUGGGGUGGCUGACAGGCCAAAAGCACCGCCCCUUAAAUGGAGAGCCGCUGAAUGUCACUGCCCUCUUCGACCAUGAUUGCUUCACAAGAAAUCCUAAUCACACAAUCUGCUUUCCCCGUGUGGCAGCCUGCAGCAAGGAAAUCACAUUUCCAGUCUCCCAAAUGAAAACCCCAGAACAGUUUAAACAUGUCUUACUACUUGCCAUGUGCAAAGGAAAUGCAUUUGGAAAUGCAUAG